ACGCCCGCAGUGAAUGGAACUGACCAAGGGAACAACCCAGCGGUGCAGUAACGAAAUCUACGGAGCACGGGCGGCAUUGGCGGCAUGGCUUACCUCGACAGCUGCCACUGCAGCGGGGAAAGACGACAAAACAGCAUCUUGUACAGUAUUCUAAAGAACGACAGCCAGUCGUCCCAGCGCGGGUCCAGGAACCCGAGGGUCGCCAUUUCGAUGCAAGUAUGCGCCUGUGGAUCUAAGAAAAAGGUCGCUCUCCGCUCUCCCCAGACCACGUGCAAAGCCGCGUCCGCGGUUCUGGUGAAAACGCUGAAGUUCGUGAAGAACGUCCCGUGCUUUCGCGAGCUGCCGGUGGACGACCAGCACGUGCUCGUGCGGAGCAGCUGGGCGCCUCUGUUAGUGCUCGGCAUGGCGCAGGACCGAGUUGACUUUGAGACCUGUGACACGCCCGAGCCCAGCAUGUUGCAGCGGAUCCUCACCGGCGGACGCGGGAAGCAGGAGAGCCCGCAAGGGCAGAGCAGCGCCGGGGUCGCGCUCGCCGAUGUGCAGGGAAUUCAAAUGUUUCUCAGUAAAUGCUGGGUGCUGGAUAUCAGCACGAAGGAGUAUGCCUAUUUAAAAGGAGCCAUCCUGUUUAACCCAGAUGUUAUAGGACUGCAGUGUCCGCACUACAUCCAGGGGCUGCAGAGCGAGGCGCACCAGGCCCUUAAUGAAUAUGUCAAAAUGAUUCACCGAGGGGACACCACAAGGUUCGCCAAACUCUUCAUCGCGCUCUCCAUGCUACGGUCCAUCAACGCAAACGUCGUGGCGGGCCUCUUCUUCAAGCCCGUCAUCGGAACGGUCAACAUGGAAGAACUUCUGCUCGAGAUGUUUUACGGGAAGUAGAAGCCCGUCGCCGUGAGCGCGCGAUAACGGCCGCACGGGACCCGAGCUGUUGAGACUCGCGGAGACGGACGAUGCGCAGCGCCAGUGGCCGCGCGCUGUCAGAAAUAACUUAUUCCUUUUUACACAUGCUAUUUUUGUAAAAUAUUUAUCCGGACCUCUCCCUCUCUCUCUCUCUCUCUCUCUCUCUCUCUCUCUCUCUCUCUCUCUCUCUCUCUCUCUCUCUCUCUCUCUCUCUCUCUCUCUCGCUCUCUCUCUCUCUCUGCCUUCUGAGUUGAACUCAUCGCUAAAUCCAAAGUCUGACUUUAUUCCCUUUUGGGUAAAUAGCUUUACGGUUUUGUCUUCAGUUAGUUAGCUUUCCUGCGCGUGUUGCAUUGUGAAGCCAUAUAUGGGAAAAGGCUAUUUAUUUGAGCACGUUUGAAUAUUUAGAGAAUCUUUUAGGCCUGUGUUUCUAUGGCUACAUAAGGCCUUGACACACUGAACAAUGUAUACCAUCCUUUACGUUCUCUACUGGUAUUCUGCGUUGACAAAAAGGAUUAAACUGUAAAAGUGACAUCACCACAGCCAAAAAAAAAAAAAAGCAAAACAAAAAAGCAUUGGGUAGUGAAGGUUCUCCACCAGAAGAGGGCAGUGUUAGGCAACAAACCUCCAAAUUCAAAAUUAUGUAGCAGUAGACCUCAAAACAUGUCAGAGUGGUGAGCUGCUCUUCAUCCUUCCCCUGUGUUUGAGGCAUGGUUCUGUGUGUAGAUGGUUCCCAGUGUAUCAGCCCACACGAGCCAGCGUGUAAAGCACUGCUACGCGUUUGUGCAACAGAUUCGAACAGAUUCGCCCAAGAGGGAGGAUAGGACACCAUAUGCUGGUCCCUGACAACAUUAGUCACAGCACUGUUAGGGGACAUGUCAGGUUGUGUCUCGGAGAGGGGGAGGUAGGGCACAGAGGUGCAGUGUAACCCGGCAGCUUGGCUGUGGUAGACAGGCAGGGGUGGAUGGGCAGCCAUGUGGAAAAGACAUGGGGCAACUGGUAUAACGAGGCUCAUUUGACUGGGGCAGGCAUGUGUGUGUGGUUGUGUGUUCUGGUGAGUGUGUGGAUUUGUGUGUAUGUGGGUGUGUUUGUGGUUGUG